AAACCAUAAAAUAAAGAAUAAAAGAUGGUUUCCCAUAGAAAACUGAUAAUGCUUCUCAUACUAUCGUUGCUCAUGAAAGUAGCAUUAUCUCAAAACGGUGUAUUUAGAAUAAAGAAUACCAAUAUAUUCGGAUGGGAGAUAUGGCCGACAAUACAUGUUUACCUCAGAAACGAUAUCGGACGUGGUUUAGUGCUAACUGCUAGUUGCUAUAAUAACAUAAAGGGGCAAGCUCGUGACCGAGAAUUUUUACCGGGGCGUAUGACAAAAUUCACUCAAUUCACGAAAAGUUUCUGGGGAGGAGAUCUCUAUAGUUGUAUGUUUCAUUUUGGUAAUAAACGACGCAGCUUUACUAUAUAUAAAGGUAGCAGAGAUAAUAGUGACAAAGGUCAGUGCAGACACUGUUUUUGGUCCAUCAGACCGUAUGGAGCUUGUGCUCUUAAUGGACUGACUAAAAAAUAUGAUAUUUGUUACAACUGGGAUUAAUAAAAAAAAUAUUGUACAUGUUUUGUUGUUUAUAUGGUGAUAAUAAUCAAAUUUACCAUCUGUACUCAUG